CACCUGCGCGCACGAAGACUCCAGCGCGCGCUCCUGCAAAGAAGACCAUGCCCCCCAGGUCUCUUUGCAACCUCUCCCAGCCCGCCGGCCAGAAUCAGAGCGGGUUCUUUCCGGGGCUGUUGGACGGGGAUUUCCUGCCCGCCUCCCCGGGGACCACCGCGGAGCUGGUGAUCCGCUGCGUGAUCCCGUCCCUCUACCUGCUCAUCAUCACGGUGGGCUUGCUGGGCAACAUCGUGCUGGUGAAGAUCUUCAUCACCAACAGCGCCAUGAGGAGCGCCCCCAACAUCUUCAUCUCCAACCUGGUCGCCGGGGACGUGCUGCUGCUGCUCACCUGCGUCCCGGUGGAUGCCUCGCGCUACUUCUUUGACGAGUGGAUGUUCGGGAAGGUGGGCUGCAAACUGAUCCCGGUCAUCCAGCUCACCUCCGUGGGGGUGUCCGUGUUCACGCUCACCGCCCUCAGCGCCGACAGGUACAAAGCCAUUGUAAACCCCAUGGACAUCCAGACGUCAGGGGUGGUGCUGUGGACCUGUGUGAAGGCCGUGGGUAUCUGGGUGGUCUCGGUGCUGCUGGCUGUUCCCGAAGCAGUGUUUUCGGAAGUGGUGCGCAUUGAUAGCUUGGAUAACGGCAGCUUCGCAGCGUGCAUACCCUACCCUCAGACUGAUGAAUUACAUCCAAAGAUUCAUUCAGUGCUCAUCUUCUUGGUGUAUUUCCUCAUACCCCUUGCUAUUAUUAGCGUUUAUUAUUAUCAUAUUGCAAAGACCUUAAUUAAAAGUGCACAUAAUCUUCCUGGAGAAUAUAAUGAACAUACCAAAAAACAGAUGGAAACUCGGAAACGCCUGGCUAAAAUUGUGCUGGUCUUCGUGGGCUGCUUUGCCUUCUGUUGGUUUCCAAAUCACAUCCUCUAUAUGUAUAGAUCUUUCAACUAUAACAAGAUUGAUCCAUCUCUGGGCCACAUGAUUGUCACUUUAGUAGCCCGGAUUCUGAGCUUUUGCAAUUCUUGUGUCAAUCCAUUUGCCCUGUAUCUACUCAGUGAAAGCUUUAGGAGGCAUUUCAAUAGCCAGCUCUGUUGUGGGAGGAAGUCCUAUCCAGAGAGAUCAACCAGCUACUUAGUCAGCUCUUCUGCAGUGCGUAUGACAUCUCUGAAAAGCAAUGCUAAGAACCCAGUGACCAAUUCUGUUUUGAUAAAUGGGCACAGCAUAAAGCAGAAAAUGGCACUGUAAUUUUGGCCACUCAGCUUGCUACCUGGAAAUAACUUA